CGCGGCGGCGUCUUUACGCACGCUCACCUGCAGUGUCAAAGUUUAGAGGUCGGGUAAAGGUCGUGUCAUCACAAGCAAUGGCUUCCAUAAGUUGGUUAACAUGCAGGCGGUUUUCUUGGCUCGUGCGGCGGCCGCUGCUGCUGCAGUAUGUUUGGGCUCCAGCGCGAGCGCUUCACCGGGGGAGCGCGCGACGCGCGGCGGAGAAAACCCCGCUGAACAGAUCACGAUCAUCACCGGAGCAACAGUACUUCACUGAGCUAGACAGAGCUGAUGCGCUGAUGCUGCGGAAGUCUCAUGAAACAGGAUUUUUGUCCUGGUUCCGGAAUGGUCUCCUGGCAACAGGAAUCGGCGUUAUUGCGUUUGCGCAGAGUGAAGUGGGCCGAGAGGCCGGAUACGUGUUCUUCAUCCUGGGUGGAGUGUGCAUUUCGUUCGGCGGAGCGUCAUAUGUGACCAGUCUUCUGACCCUGAGGAGGAUCAUGCUCCUCUCUCGGCUGACUGUGCUGCUCCACGCGGGCCUGGUGUCCGUCGCCGCCCUCUUCUGGCUGUGUGCGGUAUCACUCUACAUCGGCCGCCUGGAGUUGGAGAUCAUUCACGAGGAGGAUGAGGAAGAGCAUGGAGGAGAUGAAGGCGGGGAGUGCGCCGAAUGCAGGGCGAGACGCGGCGCUGAAGAAAAAGGCCAAGACAAGUGAGACGAGAGGAGACUCCGAGUUCAAAUGGCCUUUUACACUGACCCACAGACAGAUUUCUGUAUUCACAAGCUGUUUAAACUGCUUUAAGAGAAAAGGCGAAACUGCUUUGUGGAGUUGGGGCUUCUAUCAACAUAAUUGUGCAGUACUCUAGUGCUUGAUUUAUCGGGUUGAGUGAGUUUUUGUGUUUGUAAUAUUCCUGAACAACAGCUGUCCCACUGCGUACAAAGGGUCAGUGACAUAAAUACAUAUUUUUCCUUUGCAAUGUUUUUGUUGGAUGUGGGGUGUGUGUGCUGGAACAUGAAAGUUGAUUUCUAAACUAGUCUUAUCAGGCAAGUAGUUAAGCAUCUUGAUCGUUCAACUGUUAUAAAUGGACAUGUUCUCUAUUUUAUAUAGUGACGUGAUUCAGAAAUAACAGUUUUUUGUUUUGUUUUUGGUAACUCACUUUACAAUAAGGUUUGAUUUUCUAACAUUAGUUAAUGCAUUAAUAUCAUAAACUAAUAAUAAAAACCUAUUUUUACAUCAUUUAGGAAUACAGCAUACAU